GCAUAAGGACUUGCAAGCUGGGGCAGGUGAGAGUGUAGUCAUGCCUUAUGACGAGAUGUUCAGGCGAAUGGCAUCAAUCGAUGGUUCAGCCUUAGGUCUUUGGGCCUUUGCUGAUUUCCGUGGCUACAUGGGUGAAGUUGAGCAAUCAGAUCUCGACAAUCACGGUGUGAGGCGAAGCCACCUUGUGAAACGAUGCUUUCAGUUUGCUGGCUUUAGGUAUGCAAAUGACAUGCUUGCACAGGGGCUCCUGGUGAAGAAGAGUGGCCGGUGGAAGUAUGCUCCCAUUGAAGCGUACUUUCCACCGCCCACUCGUCCCUUUGAAGAGCGCGUCAAGGUGCCUCACAAGGACGACGAGGACGACGAGGACGACGAGGACGACGAGGAGGACGAGGAGGAGGAGGAGGAGAAGUCGCACUUGGAAGAGAAGCCGGAGGAGGCCCGCUGUCCAUGGCUGUCAAGUGGAGAUUUCGACAGCACUAGCCACGCCAGGUGUGCCCAAAAUGGAAGAACAGCUCGCGAAAGGAGGAUUGGACUUUGUGGG